AUGGUGCCUCCCUUGCAUCGCUCGCCCCUCUGCUCACCCUCUGCCCGCCCCUUUUCCGUGCCCUCAGCUGGCCCAGCCCCUGCCCGUUGCUGCCCCUCCCGUUGCCCGCUCAACUCCCCUGCUCCCCGUACACCCCAGUCCCAUCCAACCGCCCCCACCCUCCCCCGGCUGCCCGUUUCCGCUCUCCACCCCCGCGACCGUGUGCGGCUUCCAACCGCCCAACGGUGUCACACCCCCUGCCCCCUCAUGCCAUCCGCUCCCCCCGCCCCCACCCUCCGCGUGCCCGCUCCCUUGCCGCCUCUUUUGACCCUCCCUGCCCCCCUCGCCGUUUCCCACCACCCGCCAUUCGCUCCUCCCCGCCCGUGCGCUCCCCUCGUUUACCUUCUCCUCCCCCCUCCCCUCCUCUGCUGCACGCCUCUUCCUUCCCCUCGCCGACCCACUCCACUCCCUGCCCCUCCUCAAUCCGCACCCUGCCCCUCGUAUCUCGCCCCCCUAUGCUUGGUUUCUCCCCUCCCUGCCCCUCGCCGCCUUUCUCCGCUCCCCACCUCCCCUCUCUCCCUGCCCCUCCACUCUCCCCCCCUUGCCCUUGGCUUCCUACCUCCCUGCCCCACCUUUUCCCCCUCCGUGUGCUCAGCUUCUCCCCUCCCUGCCCCUCCCUCCUCCCUGCCCUGCCCCUCAUUUUCCGCCCCCCCACGCCCGGUUUCUCCCCUCCCCGCGCCUCCCUUUCUUUCUCCGUGCCUCUCCUUUGCUCCCUCCCUGCCCCCGCCUGCCUAUGCCCCUGUCUUUGGCUUCUCCCCUCCCUGCCCCACGUUUCUUCCCUCCCUGCCCCCCCUCUUCCCCUCCCUUGUUUUCCCCUCACCCAUUGCUUCUCCCCUCCCUGCCCUUGAUUUCCCGCACCCCUGCCCUUGUUUCCUACCAUCCAUGCCCCUCGUUUCCCCCCUUUGUACGUUCAGCCUCUUCCCUCCCUGCCCCUCCCCUCCUCCCCCCCUGCCCUUUGCGUUCCCCUCGUUACGCUCCCUUCUCCCCAUCCCUGCUGCCCUCUUGCCACCAUCAGCCCAUCCGCACCACCAGCCCCCCUCCCACCCUUCUCUCCCCCCCUCCCUUUCCCUCUCUCUCUCUCUCUCUCUCUCUCUCUCUCUUUCUCACACACACACGCACACUCCCCUCCCCCACCCCCCACCCACGUCCUCCCAUUCCGCCCCUCCCUGCCCCUUUCCCACCCCCUCGCACGCCCCUCACCUCCCACCUCCGUGCAACUGGUUUCCCCCCUAUGGUGCCUCCCUUGCAUCGCUCGCCCCUCUGCUCACCCUCUGCCCGCCCCUUUUCCGUGCCCUCAGCUGGCCCAGCCCCUGCCCGUUGCUGCCCCUCCCCUUGCCCCCUCAACUCCCCUGCCCCCCGUACACCCCAGUCCCAUCCAACCGCCCCCACCCUCCCCCGGCUGCCCGUUUCCGCUCUCCACCCCCGCGACCGUGUGCGGCUUCCAACCGCCCAACGGUGGUGCGCACGGGGCGUUUCUUUCGCACGGGCAAGCCUCCCCGGGGGGCCCCCACCCCGCUGAGUCGUUUACUGCUCUCGCCCACCGGCGCUUAG